AUGGGACAAGUGAGGUGAAUAUUUCUCUCGAGUCUUUUCAAACCCGUAGAGCUGAGCAGGUUCCACAAGAUAUUUAGAUAGUUGGGAACUAAAAUUCCCUCGAUAAGUACAGUAGUUUUUUUGCGCGUAAAGUUAGGUGUGUGUGUUGCUUUGCAAAAGACCACCCGGAUUGUUUUUUUUUUUUGAUUUUCGAAAGACCUCCCAGAUAAUUCUUCAUUUUCGAAAAACCCAGUUUAUUUCUAGUUUUUAAAGGACCACCCAGUUUAUUCUUCAUUUUCGAAAGACCACCUAGAUUAUUUCUAGUUUUCAAAGGACCACCCCGUUUACUUUUAGUUUUCAACAGACCACCCAUAUUAUUUUAUGCUUCAUUUGUCCCAUGAAAGACCGCCUAACUCGUUAAUGAAAUCUAUACAUUUUCAGAUUGUCCGAAUUUGCCAGUGGUUUCGGAUUGAUCGAUCGGUUGUCUUGCAGACUCACAAUUUGGACAUGGAAAUUGCUCCAUGAGGUAGGAUUUUAUUCAUUAUCAUUUCCAAAGGUGAAUAUUUCUCUCAAGUCUCUUUCAAACCCGUAGAGCUGAGCAGGUUCCACAAGAUAUUUAGAUAGUUGGGAACUAAAAUUCCCUCGAGAAGUACAGUAGUUUUUUUGCGCGUAAAGUUCGGUGUGUGUGACGUGUUGCUUUGCAAAAGACCACCCGGAUUGUUUUUUCCAUUUUCGAAAGACCUCCCAGAUUAUUCUUCAUUUUCGAAAACCCCAGAUUAUUUUUAGUUUUCAAAGGACCACCCAGUUUAUUUUCAAUGUUCAAAGGACCACCCAGUUUAUUCUUCAUUUUCGAAAGACCUCCCAGUUUAUUUUAUAUUUUCAGAUUGUCCGAAUUUGCCAGUGCUGGAUUCGGAUCGAUCGAUCGGCUGUCUUGCAGACUCAAAAAACAUGGAAAUUGCUCCAUGAGGUAGGAUUUUAUUCAUUAUAUUCUUCCAAAUUAGAAGUUAUAAAAACGUUUCCAGAUUAAUAGCAAGUUAUAA